AUGUCUUCUCCUCUUACUACUAUUUCUUCUUCUUCUUCUUCUUCGGUGUGGUGGAAAGAUUUGAUUUCUAUUGGCAAAUUGUCGGUGGAAGACCCGAUAGAGUUGAAUAGUAGGUUUGGGGUUGGGAAUGGAUUUAUCACCCCAUUUUGGGAAUCUCGUUGGGUGGAUAAUCAUUUUUUGAAGGAACUUUUUCCGAAGUUGUUUUUGGUUUCUAGUUUGAGACGGAUGGCGGUGGCUAGUAUGGGUGGUUGGGUUGAUGGUGUUUGGAAGUGGGGGAAUUUUGGUGUUGUUUUGGGUGAUGAUACCGAGCGUUUGGUGGUGGCGGAGCAUACCUCGCUUCAUGCUUUGUUGUUAGGCCGUAAUGUUUUUUUGGAAGGGAGAGACAAGGUGGAGUGGUGUGAUUCCGGGGGAGUUUCGUUUUCCGUUGCUUCUUGCUAUGAUUUUAUGGUCGGGUAUACGUAUCCGUUGGGUCCUCCUAAUAGAUUUGACGAAGCGAAGGAUUUAAUUUGGAAGGUUCUUGUGCCUUUCAAAAUUAAGGUUUUUGGUUGGAGGCUAUUUAUUAAUAGGCUUCCAACAAAGGAUUUAUUGAUGUUUAGGGGUAUUUCUUUGUCGAUAGAGAAUUCUAUGUGUGCUUUUUGUGGUAUUAUUCCGGAGAGUUGUGAUCAUUCUUUUUUCAAGUGCGACAAGACGAGAGUGGUUUGGAGAGAGAUAAAGGUUUGGGUUGGAAAGCCGGUGACCGGUUUGGAAGAAGAUUGCUUACAAAGUUUCAUGGAUUGGAACGGUUUUUGCUUCCGCAACGAAGGGUGGGAUGUUGAUAAUACGGUUUGGAAUAUUAAGUCUUUGUUAUGGAAGUGGUCGUUUUUUUGA